CAGUGUUACUUUUGCAUAAUCGGAGUAGAUGGAUGAUUGGAAUGUUAUUGAGAAUUGUGAAGGGGGUAUUGUUUGUUCAAGUGAGACACCUAUGGACACAGUACUAACCAUAUUUUGGGAGAAGACAAUAGAGGGUGUAGGACAGAUGUUCAAAUCAGCCAAUGACUUUCGACAAUUAGUGGCUCAAUUUGCAAUUGCAAAUGGUUUCUGUUAUCAGAUAAAGCGGAGUAACAAAACAAGGGUUAUUUUUGGGUGUACGGUUGAGAGAUGUAACUGGUUGGUUAAGGCAAGUCAUGUGAAGCCGAGUGAAAUUUUUAGGAUUUAUAAGUACCAAGGUCUACACCAACACCCACCUGGAUCUCAAUUCAAUGAUAGGGUUAAGGUGCCGCAGUCUGUCAUAGCUAAUACUGUGGUUGAGAAAGUCCGAGACACCCCCAAGUAUCCACCAACUGAAAUUGCUAUUGAUAUGAAAAGCGACUACCACCUAGAAUUGAGUUAUAUGCAGUGUUGGAGGCCCAAGGAGGUUGCAAAUGAGAAAGUGUUUGGAUCUUACAAGGAAUCGUAUCAGUACAUCCCUUGGUAUUGUGACAAGGUUAUCGAGACAAACCCUGACAGCCAUGCAAAAUAUGAGGUUGAUGAUGAUGGUAAAUUUACAAGAUUAUUUGUAGCUUAUUAUGCUGCUUUGCAGGGCUUCAUGGUAGGAUGUAGGCCUGUACUUUAUAUCGAUGGUACUUUUAUAAAAUCCAGGUAUCUUGGCACGUUGUUAUCUGCUACAGCAAUGGAUGCAGAUGAUGGAAUAUUUUCCAUCGCCUUUGCAAUUGUCUCUAGCAUCAAUCCAUAAUUGAUGGGGUGCGUUCGGUCUUUGGGGAUGUCCAACAUGCGUACUGUCUUCACCAUUUAAAGAAAAAUUUCAAGAAGAAUCUUCAUAAGCCUUUUUCAUCCAUUAUGAAGAAUGCUUUAGAAGUGUUGCUAAAUGAUGCAGCAUAUGCACAGACGAUUGCAGAUGUUAACAAUCACAUGGAUGAUAUAAGGGGUGUCUCAGAAGAUGCAUAUGUAUGGUUAAUGGCAACUGGACUAGAGAACUGGGCUAAUUCCCUAUUCCCUGGAAAACGAUAUGACAAGUUAAUCUCCAAUUAUGCAGAGACUUAUAAUGCAUGGAUCGUAACGGCCCGUGAAUUGCCCAUUAUGCAACUCUUGAACAAUAUAAGGGUCAAACAUAUGGAAAUGAUGUAUAAAUAUCAAGAGAAGCAAAUUAAGUGGAAAUAUGUUGUGGGCCCUAGGAUUAACAAGAUUCUAAAGAAAUGAGCUCGUAAAUCUGAGGGGCUAACUUCUAGGCGAUCAUCGAUGUCUGGGUUUGAAGUUGAGGGACACUUAAGUA